UGGCGGCUGAAGAUAACGCAGAAGAACCAAUGGAUGUUGAAGCGAAUUUAUCUGUAGCUGAGCAGUCUUCCAGUAAAACUAAGACAUCAAUUGCAGAGAAAAAAUUUUCUAAUUUACCAUGGAUAGAAAAAUAUCGGCCGCGGGAAUUUCAUGAGAUUGUUGGAAAUGAAGACACAGUAAUGCGCCUAGCUGCCUUUGCUCAGAUCGGCAAUGCUCCAAACAUUAUAAUAUCCGGAGCUCCUGGAAUUGGCAAGACCACGACUAUUCUUUGUUAUGCUCAAGCUCUCUUGGGCCCUUAUUUCAAUGACGCCGUUUUGGAGUUGAAUGCUUCCAAUGAUCGAGGCAUCGAAGUUGUUCGAAAUAAGAUUAAAAUGUUUGCACAGAAAAAGGUUACUCUUCCAAAGGGAAAACACAAGAUAAUUAUUCUUGAUGAAGCAGAUAGUAUGACAGAUGGAGCUCAGCAAGCCUUGCGACGUACAAUGGAAAUAUAUAGCAAAACAACUCGAUUUGCCCUGGCAUGUAACAACAGUGAUAAAAUCAUAGAACCUAUUCAGUCACGCUGUGCUGUAUUGCCUUAUGCAAAACUAACCGAUGCACAGGUUCUCGCUAAAGUUUUGCAAGUUUGUAAAAAGGAAGAUAUCUCAUAUACCGAUGAUGGACUAGAAGCCAUCAUAUUUACUGCUCAAGGAGACAUGAGACAAGCACUAAAUAAUUUGCAAUCAACAUAUAAUGGAUUUGGCCACAUAAACAGUGAGAAUGUUUUUAAAGUGUGCGAUGAACCUCAUCCUCUGAUAGUUAAAGAUAUGUUAGAACAGUGUGUCAAGGGUAAUAUUAGUGAAGCCUUUCGGAGAAUGGCACAUCUGUGGAGUUUAGGGUAUUCAGCUGAAGAUAUUAUAACCAACAUACAUCGAGUUUGCAAGAACGUUUCCAUGGAUGAAAUGUUAAGAUUGGAUUUCUUGCGAGAAAUUGGACUUACACAUCUUGGUAUAGUCGAUGGAGUUAGUAGUCUUUUACAAAUGCAUAAUCUAUUGGCAAAACUUUGCCGCUGUGCUGUUAAAAAAUAAUUCCAUUACUGCAUUUUUAAUCAAUAUUUUUAAUAAAGUUAUUUUUUUA